AUGUUAGGAAGAAGAUCUUACGGAGUGCAUUUCUGURCGUUUAUCGUAUGUUCAACAUUGUGUUUAGCAAAGCAUACACCAGUAAUUCUCRUYUCYWUGGAYGGCAUGGGAUGGCAGUUUACYGGUGGRCAAUAUGCUAAUACACCCAAUCUUGACUUCAUAGCCAASACUGGAGUCCAAGCAAAGUACGUGGAGACGGUAACACCUACCUAUACGUGGCCAAAUCACCAAACCUACGUCACUGGACUGUACCCUGAGAACCACGGCAUUGUAAGCAACGUCUUCUGGGACCCUGUGAUCAAAGAGAGAUUCAUUUAUAGUUAUGACUGUACCAACUACGAUCCUAAGUUCUGGUCCGAUGCCGAACCAUUAUGGGUGACACUGCAAAAACAAGGCAUCGAUACAGCAGUGUAUUUUUGGCCAGGAUUUUCCAGCUACAGCGUAAAGCCGACGUACUACGAGAAGCCGAUCUGUUUUGUGAAUUGCAGCAGCAUUAAGGACCUAGAGGCAGCACGCAAGCCAGACUUUUACACGGCACUUGCACCAUACCUUCAUUGCUUUCCAAAUUUGUCAAUUCCUUUUCCAGCUCGCAUCGAUUCUAUUGUCAACUGGUUAACUUCAGAUAAACCGCCUCGUUUUGUUGCCCUCUACGUGGAGCAGCCUGACUUGGUUGGCCAUUCUGAUGGAUGGAAAUCUCAAAAAUUCAAAGAGGAAAUCGAGAAAGUCGAUCGCGACGCCGUUGGGUAUUUGAUUACAAAACUUAACAAMACUAAUCUMCUAGACAAAGUGAACUUGGUGUUUGUUGCCGAUCAUAGUUUUGYAGAUAUUAACGCGAGUAGAGUAUUAUUUCUGGAGGACUAUUUGGACUUGUCAUCGUGUAUGGUGACGGAAGCAGAUUCAUUUGCUCAUGUCUGGCCAAAAGAAGGAAARUUUGAUGAGGUGUUUGCUAAUCUCACCAAACUAGUGAAACAUCUUCCUCUGGGAAAGCUGUACAAGAAAGAAGAUACCCCGAUGGAAUGGCACUACMGAAACAAUCGUCGCAUCCCACCGAUUUACUUGGAUKCAGGACUUAGUUGGAUAGUCCAAGAAAAACGAAGGAACUUAUCUGACAAUUGGAUCUACGGCACGCAUGGAUGGCCUGCAGGAAAACGAAUGGGAACGAUUUUCUACGCACGCGGUCCGUCGUUCAAGAAAGGCUACAAAGUGGAUCACGGUUUACGAUCUAUCGAUGUAUACCCAAUGUUAUGUGACAUCCUUGGCAUUGAACCACGCCCAAAUAAUGGGUCCCUGUCUAACAUGAAGAUGAUGAUAGCGUCUAAAUCCAUAGCCACCGUGUUUGUUCAGCGUCCAGUCUCGUUUCUUUUUGUAUUGAUUUUAGUAAUGRGUUUAUUGARUUUGACCAUUUAGUUUUCAAGUUACGUCAAAGYGGGGGCCGGGCCAAUGUAAGUUAGAUUUUGUUCCAACGAAUUGCAGGGAUCUAUAUGAUUGCGCCAUUGCUUUUCUUUUAUAAUGAUCAAUACUACUUGGUCGAGUGGACAAGACUUGAGUGAGGCGGUAUUCAGCUGAAUUUGUAAUAAAUUGUAUAA